AUGGCAAGAUUGUGGCAUUUAAGUGUUUUCGAAACAGCAACCAAUUUUUACGUCAUUGGUUCUGAUGUUUCAAAGACUCGUUAUCGACUGCUAAAAAUUGGCCGUUUGGGAAUGCAGACUUUGGACAUAGCUGAAGUGGAACAAAAUUAUUCAAAGAGUGACAUCAUGGAACUGUUAGCGACUGUUUCAGAAGGAAGCUCUGUUGUGUUUACGCAAAACGAGAAGCAAUUAGCGGGUGUUGAUCGACAGAAAAGUUUAGUCGAACGUGCCUCUGAUGCUUUCGGAUUACUUGGGGCUGUGCGCUUUCUUGAAGGCUAUUAUUUGUUGGUCGUAACGAAAGCUCGAGUGGUUGCCAUGAUAGGCUAUCACGAAAUAUAUAAAAUUGAAGAAGUUAUUCUUAUUCCUUUAGCAGUACAGGGAAUCCCAGUUAACAAUCCUGACGAACUGCGCUAUCUGAAAUUAUUUCAAUCUGUGGAUUUGUCAACAGAUUUUUAUUUCUCUUAUAUAUACGACUUGAGCCGAACGUUGCAAGAAAAUGUUUUGGGAAUAUCUGGCUGGUCCAAGUACAAACAAGUAGAUAAGAAUGAAACAAACCAGUUCUCCGAUUCGAAAUUUAUCUGGAAUGGAUAUCUUUUGGAACCAUUACGUAAGAACGCCGUUAGUGAGCAGUGGUUUAUUGAAGUGGUUCACGGAUAUGUUGGUCAACAAAUACUCGAAUUGCCGUGCUCUCGAUUAUCAUUAACUUUGAUUGGACGACGUUCUGUGGAAUACGCUGGUACGAGAUAUCUGAAACGGGGUGCUAACUCUAGAGGCCAGGUAGCAAAUGAUGUUGAAACGGAGCAAAUCAUUUGGGAUACACGCUCUUCUCCUAACUUCACAACCGGAAAGUUUAGUUCCUUCGUGCAACGUCGUGGAUCGGUACCACUUAUUUGGAGUCAAGAUCCAGCUACUCGUGGUGUUGUUGGGAAACCGGUGAUUUCGAUUGACAUCAAUGAGCCACAUGCACAAACUGCCGCUGCUCAUUUCCGUGAACUACGAAAAAAAUACGGUAAUCCGUUAGUAGUAAUGAAUUUGGUGAAAAGGCGUGAAAAUAGAAGGCAUGAGACACUACUCCAUGACCAGUUCCUUAAGGCUAUUAAAUAUUUAAAUAUAUUUCUACCUAAAGCAGAACGGAUCGCAUAUUUGAGUUUUGAUGUAGCUCGAUGUCAUAAAACUGGAAAUGUUUUGAGUAAACUUGAAGAAAUAGGUUUGCGUUGUGCUGUUCAACAUGGCUGGUUUCAGUCAUUUCCACCGCUGUAUUGCCGCAAAUUGAGACCGACUUUAUUGCUGAACGAUUUUGAACCGUUGCUAAGUUCAGAUGGUAGAUUCUUGCUCCAGCAUGGUAUUUUCAGAACAAACUGUGUAGACUGUCUGGAUAGAACAAAUGUUGCUCAAUUUGGAAUCGGGAAGGUAUCGCUUGGAUUUCAGUUAUAUUCCAUGGGAGUUGUCGGCGAGCCUUUACUUUCUUCAUCCAGUGAAGUCUGUCGAAUAUACGAGGAUUUGAUGGAUCAGCAUGGCAAUACAUUGGCGCUGCAAUAUGCGGGAUCUCAAUUAGUACAUUCAAUCAAGACUUAUAAAAAGAUAUCUGUUAUACAGGAACGAAGUCGUGAUGUAAUCCAAACUCUAUCAAGGUAUUAUAGCAACACUUUCGGUGACUAUGAUAAACAGAACGCAAUUAACUUGUUUUUAGGUGUAUUCAGACCAAGAAACAAGAGCUGUCAUUUGUGGGAUUUGGGAACCGAUCAUUAUCUUCAUUUCCCUGUUGAUUUCAAGAUGAAGGCAGAUUACUGUGCAUGGUUUGUUGAUCCUGACGACUGGGGAAGCUUUUAUGGAUUAGAUGAUUGGAAAUAUACUAAUGACAGUGUUUUUCCCAAUAUUAAUAUGACAGUAUCAGUAUCACGUUGCCACUGCUUGUUUUCUCCUGAAGAUCUAUAUUACACAUACUAUCGUUUAUGGGAAUUGUCACGAUUAGACGAUUUAAUUCGUGAGCAAAAAGAUCUCCAAAAAUCCGUGAUGGUUGAUGGUGUAAAUCAAAGUGUCGCACAUUGUUAUAGUUUUGCCAAGUUAUGGAAGCAAGAUUUGAAUGAUAAAGGCAAUGUAAAGCAAGAAAGAACUGCCUUGUCAGAUGAUGAUGAUGAAGAAGACGAACCACUGCUUAAAUCAGAUACUGAAGCACAUUAUGAAUGCGGUUUUACGACGGUUAGUAAACUUCGUCUAAUGACUUCAAAUCGAGAAAUGGUACUGGACCGGAAAAAUUCGAAUAGAAGAGUGAUGUGUCUAGGUAUUUUAACAACUGAAGAAGCAUACGGUUAUGAAAUUAGAAAGCCUAGUGAUGUUGACAUGGCAAAAUAUGUUAAAUAUUCGCGGCUCGGCAGUUGCACCAACAGUUGUAAGGAUUUCCACGCAUUAAGAAAGUCCAAACGAAUUAAUUUGUCGAUAUCAGUGAUACCCGAUUGCAGCCAUUUGGAACCGACAUCAUUUUUUAAAUCAGAUAGUGUAUAUUCGGUUUCUCUUUUACCAGUAUCGAAGGCUUCUAUGAAAAUUUGUACUGAAAGUGUUGAAUGUGCUUGGCGAGGGCCUAAAAGUCCAUCACAGAUUGAUUUAGAAAAAUACGAGAAUUACGCACUUCAAAAGCGUUCAUCUUUUGCUUUACAAAUUCCCUUCUCUUGA